AUAUAAACUGUCACUUAUUAUAAAUAAUUUUUGUCCCACUGUGCGUCCAUCCAUGUACGGUACGUCAAAUUAACCAAGCUGAUUGUUGUCAAAAUUCUUUUCGCUGUAGCAUUUGAUCAGGUUCUAGAUCCGUCUAUCUUUGUUGAUUGUGCAAGAUGGUUACCGCCAAGAAGCAGAAAAAGGCUUUGGAGAGCAUCAACUCCCGCCUGGCGCUGGUAAUGAAAUCGGGCAAAUCUUGCCUUGGUUACAAACAGACUCUGCGAACUCUCCGCCAAGGAAAGGCCAAACUGGUUAUCAUUGCCAAUAACACGCCGCACCUCCGCAAAUCGGAGAUCGAGUACUACGCUAUGCUGGCCAAGACUGGCGUGCACCAUUACAAUGGCAACAACAUCGAGCUGGGUACGGCGUGCGGUAAAUACUUCCGUGUGUGCACCCUGUCGAUCACCGAUGCUGGAGACUCCGAUAUUAUUCGCAGCCUGCCGGAAGCACAAGCCGCUGGCGGACAGUAAAUGGUAAUGCGGUGUAUAUAUUCCGUCUGUUAACGGUUUCCCAUCGCGUGGAAAAUGUUGCAUUACGGGAAGUAAUAAAAUAAAGCCAACGGUGUCUGUGCGCACACACAGAAUCCGAUGAAAA